UGUACUGCUAGUACACUCUGAACCUUGAUCGAAAAAACAUCAAAUGAGAAUCGGAAGUCGCAAUGCAGACUAACAGUUUUUUAACUUUGUAUAUUCUCGGUCAUAAUGAGAAUCAAGAGACUGUGACUAAAUUGCCUUUGAAAGGGCAAGUGUUGAGAUUUUUGCUUUACAAUCUGAAGAAAAGGAUGUUAGACCUUGAAGUUAGUGCACACCUUGUUGUGGAAGAAGUGGAAGUUUUAUGGAAGAAAGCUGGGAUUCCAGUCCAGGAAAGCAGUCACAGCAUCAAUAAAUUGAAAAUCUUAUACCAGGAAUGGGAAAUGAUACGGAAGUAUUGUAAACGAAAGAAACCGGAACAACAGUUUCUUAGUGAUUUAAAUGAUCUCUUCGACAUAGCGCAUGAUGACGCUUUACGAAUUAUCUCUCGCCAAGAUAGAAAAUUUCUUAUGAACCAAAGGAGACACUCCCAGUUGACGAAGAAAGAACAAUCGAUGAUUGGGGGAUAUCGAAGAAUUUUCGAAUAUGAAUUACGAAUGGCCAAAAAUGAAUCACGCGUAACUAGAAGGCGAGCUGCUAUACAAAAAGAAACAAUAGCCGUUCCAUCACCUGACGAGGUCGAAAAAGAUCAACAAAUUAUUGAGAAUCCUGUGCUGGAGUCCACUGCCAGCAACUAUAAUGCAACAGUAUCUGACCUGAGUGACCCGAGUGAAACCCAUGCGAAAACGUAAUUUA